AUGGUAGUGGGCGGCCUGGCAUGUCUCUCGUCUCUCCUUGUGCAGUUGUACGCAAAUAACGAACUAGAAUCUACCAAUUUUAUAAAGAUCACACUGUCUACAGUCGGGAAGUUUGGCAUCGCUGCAAGCUAUAACAUCAUAUUUAUUUGGGGUGUUGAAAUAUUCCCCACGGUCCUCCGGAACUUCAGCCUCGGUCUGGCUUUAGUGUCUGCCAGUCUUGGGACCAUGCUAUCUCCUGUCAUCGUGAGAGAAAUUCAAGUGGAGAGUAUUGGCAAGGAUACCUUGCCGCUUGUGAUAUUUGGAGCCGCGGCCAUAUUUGCAACAAUGUGCACCAUCCCUUUGCCGGAGACAGCAAACAGAGAUCUACCCGAAACCGUAGAAGACGCAAACAGUUUCAGCCCCCGCCAACGCAGUUCCACUGCCUAUCAAAACGGGAAUCAGUCACAGGUUCAAAGCAUUAUUAUGGAGAAUACUGCCUUGUAAUGAAAGGGCUGUCGAUAGACACGAACAAGAAGAAUUGUAGUUCAGUGCUACAAAAAAGGCGAUUCUUCUUUUAUCCACCCAGUAAGUGCUACUAGUGUGAUGACAACGACCAUCAAUUGCGUUAGAGAAUCUUGGAUUUGGACCGUCUUGAAUGACGUGCCAUCUAGGGACCUUAUUAGCACAAAGGCCUUCUUGGGUCUAUAUUUAAUAUUGACGCGACGCAGGUUCAAAAUGCAUAUUUGGAAAACAGUU